AUGUCGCAUCAAUUAGGACGAGUUGUUUCAGAGAUUCUCCAUCGGUAUUUUGGUGAACUUGUACAACAAGUGGGAAAUGAUUUGUUUAUUUAUGGUAGCAAGCCAAUUUCUAUGAUCGUGAAGACUACAGGACUUCCGCGAAAGCAGGUAAUUGAAAGUCUUCGCACACUUCUCAAGUUUGAUUUGGCAUCAUUUGAACCAUCGGUACAUGAAGUUGUUGCUGAUUAUAAACUGCUUCCCGAUAACGUUUUGCUUCUUAUCAGAUACCCAAGAUAUCUCUUGCAAAUAAAGAGUAAAUACGGUACGGAGGCGGAGCUUUUGGUGGAAGAGCUUUUACAACAAGCAACAAGUACUGCUACUGGAUUAUUGGUUACCGUAGCUACUAAGAAUAAAGAUGACAAGGAAAAGAAUAUAACAAUAUUGAAACUAAGAGACACAUUUGUAAGUCUGGCCACUGCGGGAUACAUCCAACAGGCGCCAGUGGCUGACACGAAAGAAGGCAGUAGUGAUGUACCGUCAUUAGUGCCCGUAGCAACAAUAGUACCUGAUCUGGACACCAGGCAGUUGUUGCACGCAAUGACUACCGGUAGUUUAGCAGAUAUUAAAGAUAAUAUUUAUUGGAAGGUCAAUUAUGAUAGAUUUCACCAGGACUUCAGAGACGAUAUAAUGGUUAAAGCAAUGACUCGGCGGAUAGAUGACAAUGCGGGCGAGCUAAUGCGUUUACUGCUUCAACAAAUGUACCUGUCGUCUGCUGCGUGGGCGGCGGAAUCGAACCCCACGCCGGCGCUCGACAUCCGCGAAGCAGUUCGCCGUGCUGCGGACAAGUCACUGCUCAGUCAACACGUCGACCACUACUUGAAAGUGCUGGAAGAGAACGGCGCGGGGUUCGUGCGUCGAGUGGGGGACGCGGGCGGCGGGCAGCUGGUGGUGUGCGGGCGGCGGGCUGCCGGCCGCCUGCUGGAAGCUGUGCUGGACCACGUCGUGACCGAACGGCUAGGCUCCAACGCCGCUAGAAUAUUCAGACUAAUUCGAGCGAAGAAAUAUAUAGAAGAAGAUGAUAUACAGAAGCACGCUAUGUUGCCUAAUAAAGAAUGCAAGGAACUCACUUACAAACUUCUAGAAGAGCAUUUUAUUAGUGUACAACCAAUGCGAAAAGCAGCGUCUGCAGGUGGGAUGGCAAAAGCGAUAUAUUUAUAUCACAUUAAAACGCACGACGUGGCACACACUGCGCAGGAGCUGUGCUACCGCGCGUUGCACAACUGUCUGCGACGCGCAGCGCACGAGCGCAACAAGCACGCGCGCCUGCGCGACAAGCAGCGCCGCGUGCGCACCAUAGUGCACGGCAUGCGCAUGCGCGGCGAGCCGCAGCAGAACAUCGACGACGUGGAGGAAACGCUGACGCCACCCGAACUGGCGUUGCUGAAGGAUGUCGAGAAGCGGCUCAAACAGCUCAGUGCUGCUGAGCUCGAACUAGACAGGAACCUGUUCAUACUCAACUGGUACUUCAUGUACUCGAAGUGA